GUGCGCAUCCGUGGAAAGAAGUGGCACGUGCGCAUCCCGCGCGCAAUCACCCUACGGUUCGACAACAGAGCUCUCAGAAAGAGAGAUGAACUCCUCCUCCAGUGAUUUUGACCCGAGCAACGACGAAGACUCGCCCGCUUCUACCGGAGGGAGAGCGAGGAAAACGCGCGCGAGGACAAAGUGGUCAUCAGGCGCGUCCAGGCCCCUCGGGAACCGCAGAACAAAAGCCAACGACCGCGAAAGGCACCGCAUGCACAACCUCAACUCCGCCCUGGACGCGCUGAGGAGCGUGCUGCCCACCUUCCCCGACGACACCAAGCUGACGAAAAUCGAGACGCUGCGAUUUGCGCACAAUUACAUCUGGGCUCUUACCGAAACACUGCGAAUCUCUGACCACACCCGGCCCCCUGCAGAGCCUGCGGAGGGUGUUGAUGCGCAGAGCGGAGUCUGGCACGGAGCGCGCGGGGCGCACGCGGCGCAGGGACUGCACGCGGACGCUUUACUGCGCGAGGCGGACUGCAGUUUUCAGGACAGUCUGGCGCUCGCUUUAAAUGAAGAUGCGUUGUUUCUGAGUAACGGAUGGACUUGUUUCUCAAAGUCACACAGAUCCAGCAUGAAUGAUUACAGACUAUAAAGAGAAUUUGAACAUCUGUAAAUAUAACUUUUAC